AUUCAUGCUCUGAAACCACUAGUCGUUUUUAAACUGGAGCGCUACAUAAUCACUGGUGUGCGUAAAAAAAGAAAAUAUUCGAGUUCAUUUCACACCUCACAGCCCUGAAUGAGUGCGCCUGCCUGAAGAGGCGGGACUGUGACCCGCUUAUAGACGUAAAGCCAGCAGAACUGUCUCCGUCGUUUUAGACCGUAGAAGCCACCAUCAUGUCUGACUGCAGGAGGCAGUGGAACCGAGAAGAUGAGCUGCCGGUCUACCUGGCGGGUCCGAUCAGCACCGGGCCGAACCAACGGAAAUCCUAUGGGAUGUUCAGCUCCGUGGAGGGGGCGUUUGACAGCAAGACCAUUGACUUCGAUAACUACGCGGUGGGCAGGAAGGGGAGCCGCACCCCGAGAAGCGGGAGCCAGGAGAGGGUCUUGGACACCGGUGACCCUGUGGGGAAGACGCCCAGGGAGGCCCGAGAAGGGUCGCGGAGCAGUCCAAGUGGGGAACCAGAUGAUGCUCGGAGCGGUGUUGAAGUAAGAUUUACAUCGGAGAAGGAAAGCCACAAUGGAAAGGAUGAAAAGUUGCUGAUAAAAGGGGGGAGGGUCGUUAAUGACGACCUGUCUUUCUACGCAGAUGUCUACAUUGAGGAUGGGCUCAUUAAGCAGGUGGGGGAGAACCUGGCUGUUCCAGGGGGCGUCAAGGUGAUAGACGCCAAAGGCCGCAUGAUAAUACCAGGAGGAAUAGACGUCAACACGUGCCUGAUGAAGCCUCACCUCGGCAUGCAGCCUGUCGAUGAUUUUUUCCAGGGCACUAAGGCAGCACUUGCUGGAGGCACCACCAUGAUCAUCGAUCAUGUGACCCCUCAGCCUGGCGACAGUCUGCUGGAGGCGUUUGAACGCUGGCAGGAGGCAGCAGAUAAAAAGGCGUGCUGUGACUACUCUCUGCACGUUGACAUUCCCCAGUGGAAUGAGAGCGUUAAGGAUGAGCUGGAACUGCUGGUGCAGGACAAAGGCAUCAACUCCUUCCAGUUAUACAUGGCUUACAAAGAUGUAUACCAGAUGACAGACACUCAGUUGUAUGAGGCUUUCUCCUUCCUGAAGCAGCUUGGCGCCAUGGUGUUGGUUCAUGCUGAGAAUGGAGACCUGAUAGCGCAGGAACAAAGAAAAAUCCUCGGAAUGGGAAUUACUGGCCCUGAAGGGCAUCCACUGAGUCGCCCUGAAGAGGUGGAAGCUGAAGCAGUGUACCGUGCCAUCACUCUUGGAAACCGUGUGAACUGUCCCAUCUACAUCACCAAAGUGAUGAGCAAGAGUGCAGCCGACACCAUCACUCAGGCCCGGAGGAAAGGUUCUGUCGUUUUUGGGGAGCCGAUCACAGCGAGCCUAGCAACUGACGGGUCUCAUUAUUGGAGCAAGAAUUGGGCCAAGGCGGCUGCUUAUGUGACCUCCCCGCCAUUGAGCCCUGACCCCACGACUCCAGACCAUCUCCACACACUGCUAGCCUGUGGGGACCUACAGGUGGUGGGCAGCGCUCACUGCACAUACAGCACUUCACAGAAGGCAAUCGGCAAAGAUGACUUCACCCUGAUCCCAGAGGGGACCAACGGAGUCGAGGAGAGAAUGGGUUUUGUCUGGGACAAGGCUGUGGCCAUGGGAAAGAUGGAUGAGAACCAGUUUGUUGCAGUCACGUCAACCAAUGCUGCUAAAGCCUUCAAUCUGUACCCACGUAAGGGACGCAUAGCUGCAGGCUCUGAUGCUGAUAUCGUCAUCUGGGACCCUGACAGUGUUAAAACCAUCACUGCCAAAAUGCAGCAAUCUGCUGCGGAAUACAACAUCUUUGAGGGCGAGGAGUGCCGUGGUGGGCCGGCGCUGGUGUUGAGUCAAGGUCGGAUAGUUUAUGAAGGCGGCAAACUGCAGGCUCAGCAGGGCACUGGCCGGUUUCUACCACGCAAGCCCUUCCCUGAUUAUGCCUACCAGCGGGUCAAGUGUAGAAAUCAGGUGAAGAACAAGCAGGGUGUCACUCGAGGGCUAUAUGAUGGCCCUGUGUAUGAUGUUGCUCCUACACCCAAAUACAUCACCCCUGCUCCGUCAGCCAAGACCUCACCCACCUCUCAUCAACCACCCCCGAUACGCAACCUUCACCAGUCCAACUUCAGCCUUUCAGGUGCUCAGAUUGAUGACAACAUCCCCCGUAGGUCUGGCCACCGCAUCGUAGCGCCUCCUGGUGGUCGCUCCAACAUCACCAGCCUCGGCUAAAGGCUUUGCUUUGGAGUUUCACCUUUUGAGUGUGCCUGGGUGUAAAAGUAUGACUGCCACAUAAUAAUACCUUUGUGUGCACUACAUAAUGAGCGUUUUUAAAGCUUUGCACUUAAAUUAAGGGCAUUCAUGCUACUUGUAAAACAAAGUGUUAUUUACAAUCAGAACCAUGUUAAACUCAUUCAGAACAAACUUAACCCCAGUGUAGUCAUGAUGUUGUUUAUGUUCUUCCUUUUGAGCACGACUUUCUCUUUAUUCUUCCUCACUGUACACUUCUAAAUAACGAGUCUGCUCAGACAUGGUGCUACUUUUCCACCACCUGGUGGACUGCAGAAGAAAGAAGUAACUUUUUUUUGUCUUUUUAUCCUUAGUUUAAACACCUUUACAUUAUUAUUUUCAAUUUAAGUGAAAUAGAUCCAUUUACAUAGGCUAUUGCAUGGACAAAUCUUUAAAUAUUGCACUACUUGUUGUUAAUUGUGGCAACACAUUCCACAUAAAACUGCACUAGAAGCACAUUUGUAUCCAAUAGCACAAACAUAUUUUAACUGGCAAAUGUAGAUGCUUUAAUAAUGUAAUUCACUGUGGACAUAUUCAGCUGCUUCCAGCGCCAAAACUGCAAUAAAUAGAAAUUCCACCAAACACUUUAUGCAAAUGUGUUCAUGUUUUACUAAAAAAUGUGAAAGCUGUUGCGUUAAGCUUUAGACUGAUGUACCAACAUGACAUCUUCUACAGAAAAGACGUUGUGAUGUUUGUGAGUUUUCUGCCAAUCACUUGCCAGAAAUGGAUCAUUGUUGUAAUAAAACCCUGAGCUCAGAGCUUCAGAAACCUUCCCUGCUCUUUUAAUCAAUCUUUUUAAACUGUUAAUAUUUAUAUUUGAUUAAUUCUAGGUGUUUUCUUCAUUUUGCUACAUUUAGAGUUUCUGAACUGCUCCAUUUUUCUUGUUGUGUUGCGAUGUGAUCGUUGGAACCACCUAUUAAUAAUAAAGACUCAACUGUUGUCAAAA